AUGAACGAUAUUAACUGCGCACUCGAAUCUGAGAAAAUCAACCCCCUAUCAGAUCGGAUAAUAGAACACAUCAUUGAGCAAUCUUACAGCCGAAGAAUCCUUACGAUGGCACCAAAGCUCAACUUGGGGUACAAACCGUGGAGCAGCGAAACUUAUGGAGAGCUGCUGCCGACAUUCAUCUCCAAAAUUAGCCAAAUCUGUCAUAUACAGAAGUCAUCGCUUGUCUUAGACCUUGGCUGUGGAACGGCAAACGUUCUUUGCCAAAUUGCAAUAUCUCACGGCUGCCGAACCUACGGCAUUGAGGUUCGGAACGUUUGCGUAGAGGGGGCACAUUCGAUGAUUUCUGAAUCCCAGCACCGACUUGAGUUGUGGGGAUCAGAAAUGAUGGGCUCGCUGAUUAUAGAGCAUGCUAAUAUGCUCGAAAGCACUCAACUCCUGCAGCUACUCUCGGAGGCCGAUUUGAUUAUCAUGAACAAUUUUCAGUUCGAUCCUGAGCUGAUACAAUCCAUCAAGGAACUCAUACAGAAUGCGAAUCUGAAAGAAGGGGCGCACAUCUUCUCCAUGAAAAGUCUGAUCCGCCAAUGCAAAAAUGGUAAAAUGACAGAAAGAGAUUUUUCUGUCCCCAUGAGAGAAUUUCGCCAGGUGAUGCAUUAUUACCCCCCAGAAAGCGUCUCUUGGACGGAAAGCAAAGGUAUCUUCUAUAUUUUAAAGAAGGAUACAGCCUGGUAUCGUAAAAAGGAGGCCGAGUUCUUGAACAUGAAGGAGACGUCCAAGAGAAAAGGGAAAAAGGGUGCAAUGUGAUCAUGCGAAAUGUUAACAGUAGGCGUCUCCCAGGGGGAC